AUGGGAACUCAAAAGAAGGAAAAGCAAAGAAGGAUCAGACAGAAUGAUACCAAAGAUGGUAAUCUCCGUGUCAAGGGUGAGAACUUUUACCGUGAUGCCAAAAAGGUAAAGAAGCUUAGCAUGUACAAACAAGGAAGAGCAGUUCGUAAUGCCAAGGGAGAGAUAAUAAAAGCAGCCGAUCUUCAGAGCACGGAUGUGCCUACAGCAAGGGUUGAUCCUAAUAGGAAAUGGUUCGGAAAUACCAGGGUUAUAGCUCAGGAUGCAUUAUCACAUUUUAGGGAGGCUAUGGGAGACAAGAAGGAUGAUUCAUAUCAAGUUCUUUUAAAGAGAAAUAAACUUCCUAUGUCGUUACUCGAUCAAGAUAAGACAGAAAGUCCGACUGCAAAGAUUGUUGAGACUGAAUCAUUUGCAUCCACAUUUGGACCUAAGCAACAACGUAAGAAACCUAGAAUCGCUGCAUCGUCGUUGGAGGAUUUAAUGUCUACUGCAGAGAAGGACUCAACCACAUACGAUGAAAAGAUUGAGCUUGACCAGACAAUGGGAUUGAUGGGAAACUCUAUCUUGGACAAGGAUGAUUUUACCCAGGAGGCUAAAGAAGCAAUCUUUCACAAGGGACAGAGUAAGAGAAUCUGGAAUGAAUUAUACAAGGUCAUUGACUCGAGUGAUGUCAUUUUGCAAGUCCUUGAUGCUAGGAACCCCUUGGGCACCAGAUGUGAAAGAAUUGAGAAAUAUAUCAAACAGGAAUGUCCACAUAAGCAUCUUGUAUUUGUGGUAAACAAGACCGACUUGGUCCCCACAUGGGUAGCCGCAGCUUGGAUGAAGCACUUGUCAAGCUCAUACCCAACCAUUGCUUUCCAUGCAUCAAUUAAAAACAGUUUCGGAAAGGGAUCCUUAAUCCUGCUUCUUAGGCAGUUUGCAACUUUGCACAAGGACAGAAAAUCAAUCAAUGUUGGUGUCAUUGGAUUUCCAAAUACCGGAAAGAGCUCCAUUAUAAAUACCAUUGUUGGGAAAAAGGCUUGUAUCGUCGCUCCAAUUCCUGGAGCAACAAAGGUUUGGCAAUAUGUCAAGGUCACCUCAUCGAUAAAUAUUAUUGAUUCACCAGGUGUUGUACCGUCUGAAUCAGGUGACUCUGAUGCUGACCUUUUACUACGUGGUGUGGUCAGAGUUGAAAAAGUCAAAGCCCCAGAGCAAUACUUGUCAGAGGUUCUCAAGAUUGUUCCUAAAAAGUAUAUUGCUAGAACCUAUGGACUCAAGGAAUCAGAAUGUGGAGAGAACUUGUUAGAGACGCUUGCCGUGAAAAGUGGCCGUUUAUUGAAAGGUGGUGAGGCCGAUGAGAGUUCAGUUGCGAGAAAGAUUAUUGAAGAUUUUAUUCGUGGUAAACUUCCUUGGUUUUUGGAGCCUCCUCAAGAUGAAGAGGUCCGUACAGGUGAGGAUAAGAAAGCUGGGUAUAAAAAGAGGAAAGCUGAGGAUUAG